CGCUUGCUUUUUAGUACUGUCGAUCUUCCUAUUCCUUGAACAAGCUCAGGCACAAUGCCCGAAUGCGCCAAGUAAUAUUGACUACUUUCGUCUACAGAUUACUAUAGCUGCUCGGGUGGCUAUCAUAGCGGUCACGGCGGACAUGGUUGCCACGGAUAAAUUUCGAAAAUAUUCUUGUAAAAACGAAAAGUAAAAAAGAUUUUAUGAAUCGACGAAAAUUUAACGUAGAAAAGGUUUUCAAAAACACUUGACUUGCCCUUAAGUGGCAGACUUAAAUUUUAAUACAUAACUAGACCAAUUUAAUUUAUUUUUUUCUGACAAAUAAAAGUUCGUUGAAAUGACGUGAGAGUAAUACAAUUUCAGUGGUAAUACUUCUACAAUCUCCGUGAGUGGAUAAGUUAUGAUAUGAGGUAAGUUUUUCUGCCACGUAAGCCGAAACUUACUACUUAGAUGUACCAAAAAAAAUAUUAGAAAAAUUUGAAUGAUUUGCCUUUUGAAUAUUGAGAAAACGUUCAAGUUAAGUUUACGUUUCGACAGCACAGUAACAAAAUUCACAUGCCAAAGCCAACAAAGUAGUAUUUUCUCUCGCUCUACGCUAUUAAAUGAAUGAUCAGCUAAAAAUCCAGACUUGAACUUCAUCGAAAAUGUUUGGACUAUUAUUACAACGUCUACGUAUACGCAACACUGCGACUAUAUAGCUGAGAAGGAGCUAUAAAUAUCAAAUAAUAACUGCCAUGGCCAACUGAACUGUCAAAUAACUUCAUAUUCAAUAAGUUAUAAUAGGUAUAAGCUCUCAAAAAAGCGCGUUAUGGCUUAAAGUAUUUCGAUAUUCAUUUGACUGAAGUUGGUAGGACAUUCACGAUGACAAGCUUAAACCUGAUUUUAUUCUCAAUAGAGAAAAAUUAAAAAUAUAUAAAUCUUCAGCAAAAGACUUUAAGGGUCGGAGAGGUAAGCUUCUAAAGAUACCGAAUAAAGAAACUUUACAGAGCUUGCCAAUUGUUCAUUUCAACUGCAAUACAAAGAAUAAAUUUUAAACAAUAUUUUUUUAAACAUUAAAAAAAUGGGUUUUAACGAAAUAAGACAUCUGGGUUUAAGCUAAACAUCUGUUUCAUUAACAGAUAUGUAAAUAUAUGAGAUAAUAAUGAACACCCGGAAUUUCUGCCAAUUCCUUUUUUGUAAACAAUUGUUUAUUAAACAGAUUUUUUCGCUAUAAAAGCUACCUGUGACCCUACAAAAAUUAUCAGUUACAGAAAUCACAACAACUCAAUAACAAGCUACCAAUAUGAAGUUCCUCGCUUGCUUUUUAGUUUUCGCUGUCUUUCUUUUCCUCGGACAAACUCAAGCGCAAUGUGCGAAUGCGCCACAAUUCUACAGCUGCUCGGGUGGCUAUAACAGCGGUAGAGGUGGUACCGGUUGCUACGGUGGUACCAGAUGGUAUUACAAUUGGAACACUAGGAGUUGUGCCAGCUUCUAUUACUAUGGCUGUGGCGGUAAUGCGAACCGUUAUUGUUCUUUUAGUGCCUGUCAACGGAGAUGUUAUUCCCGUGGUUAACAAUUUAGAUUAAUAAGUUUGCUUUCAAGUCAUACAAGUAUAUGUCAAACAAGUUAUCGAUAUAUCAAUAUAAAAUAAAUAUCUUAACAUUUUGCAACUCUUA